AUGGCUCCUCAGGGUGACGCCAUUGGCUUUGAGCCGUCGUAUGAACUUUUGUUUGCGGCAACGUAUAAUGGGGACCAGGAUACGCGCCGCAUCCGCGAGGAUGGAAAGUCGAGGCUGUUCGAGGAUCGACUUAUCGAAGCAGCGGUCAAGUCCCUCCAUCCGAAGAUCGUGGAGAUGCUUCUGCGGCGUGGCGCCAGGAUUCACCCAGAGGGGUCAGAUGAUAAAACCGGGGACUCCCCGGUGGUACUGGCCGUUGAAUACUGGAGUCCGAAGAUCCUCCAACUCCUCCUGCAGUCCAAGUUCGGUCUCAGGACCUCUGGCGUGGCGUGUCAGCGCCCAACUGUCGAGGCGAUGAGCGUGAAUCGGGCAGAAGCUCUGGAGAUGCUACUGGACUUUUACACCGCACCGCUAUCCGAAUCGCGCUUUCUUUUGGCGGAGGGCCUUCGGGAGGCUUGCAGGUCAGGCCGCAAUGACUUCGUCCCUCUCCUCCUUGACAACGGAGCCGACGUCAAUGAGGCGCUCAACUACACUAGGAACCUUCAGCAACCACGACGUCUGGCGUAUGCCGGCUGGAAAGGCCAGGUGGGAGUAAUGUGUCUCCUACUGGCCAGGGAGGCGAGCCUCGGUGAGCACGCCAACAGAUCAAUCGAUGUUCCUUCUGGAGGCCAGACAAUGCGCGCAGUAGCAUGGGGCGGCCACUACGACGCGACGGAGGUCAUUGACACUAGCCUCCGGCUAGGUAUCCGUGACUGGACUGGCGUGAUGUUUCUCCUGAGUUGCCAGCCAAACACGGCGAAGCUCGGGAGAACGAUCCUUGAUGACGGCCAUCUCCGUCUGAGUCUCCUGCUAGUUUCCGACGAUGACGACAGCCCCGUACUGGCAUACCUCGUGCUUCUGGCCUGCAGGCAUGGCAAUUUCGAAUAUCUCAAGGCGUUAUUUGACCGCGGCGCGCCGCUGAACGACAACGCCGUUUACCUCCGAAGGAGAUAUCCGCCCCCCAUUGUGAUGGCCAUGUGCUGGCACCAAGAUGCUCUUAUGGAGGCCUUGACAAAGCUCGAGCACAUGAGGUUGAUCCAUUGCAAAGAAUUAUUGGGAAUCGCUUCAAGCAAGGGGACUUUCCUUGCGAUCCCCCUCCUCGUCCUCCAUGCCAUUGGUGUUUUUCUCCUGCGGUAA